UCUUAAAUGUAAAUUCUGUACCAUGUCGCGUUGUAAUGUUAUAAGUCUGAUCGUCCGCGGUGUCCCAUACACCGUACCUCCAGGGCUUUCGGUGAUCGGUUCAACGGAGCACGAACCCUACAAUUCGUUACUGGUAGCCGAUCAGACCGUCUCACCUAAGCAUGCCAGCAUUCGCUACGAUUCAGCCACAAACAGACUGGAGGUAAUGGACUUGUGUUCACACAGUGGUGUCACUGUUGAUCAGCGCCCACUGGAUCCGUUGGUGUGGUGUGAAAUAAACGCGCUCAGCCGAAUAUUGUUUGGUUCCGUAACUGUGAUUGUCAAAAUCGACCUACCAUCCAAGAAGCCCGACAUUUCGUUCUUUCAAGAUGACGAUUCAAACGACUUUAUUGACUGCAGUCUUGAGGAAUCACACCUGGUUAAGUCAGGGCAAGCGGCAACAUCAGGCAGUGGUGUUUCGCUUAAUGAAUCACUUAGACCGUUUGCGUCCAUUCGUGCAACAGCAACACUGUCAUCGGCCGAGGAGCACAAGAGCGCUCGGCGUAGCAGUUUUCUGGUUCCAGCUACGCAGCAGCUCGAAGAGAGCAUGUCUUCAACAGUUCCCAAUGGCUCCAAACUGGACAUUGAAGAUGGUGUAGCGAGUAGACAGCCAAUCGGUGAAGCAAACCCCGAAACGGGACUCCUGGGAAAAGAUGGUGACGACGACGAUGGAUUUUUCUUCAUUCCCGAAACCCAACUGGAUGAGCUUGACUGCGUUUCGGCAGUGAUUGGAGGGAUUGCUCCCGUUGGGGAACCUACAUGUUGUGUCGUAACGCAAUCCACAGAAGACGACUACUUCCAAAUGACGGAACAAGACGAUGACGAUCAGAACAGCAUCGAUGGACUGUUCAACAAUAAGUACAUCGAGGAGUCGCAAAAUUUGCUCCAAAGCAUGGACGAAUCGUACCGGGUGCAGGCGCCGGAACACGAUGAAAGGCAGCGACGUGCCUCGAUAAUCCCCGAGCGAUCCGUGGAUUCGAUAUCGUGUCAUGAGAAUCAAAACACCACACAGGAGAUGAGUCGCAUUGAGUGGAACGAGAGUAAACAAGCAAACGAUCGAUCGAUCGCUGCAGCGGUAACCGAUAUGGAAGCUGGCCCUGGACAAGGAGAAGCCUGCUGUGACGAGCCAGAUGACCGAACAGUGACACCGGAUUUAGUUUUCGAGAAAACGCAGGAUGGCGAGAAAGAAUCACGUAAUGGAGCAACUGAUCGUGGCGAAGAAGAUGAUCGAACAGCGACACCGGAUUUGAAUUUCGAUAAACCGCAGGACGGCAAGAAAGAAUCGAGGGCUGGUUCAGCAACGCCGGACCUGAACGGGCACCUUAAUGGCAAACCUGGAGCAACUGAUCGGGGCGAAGAAGAUGAUCGAACAGCGACUCCCGAUCUGAAUUUCGAUGAACCACUGGAAGCAGCGAAUAAGAAGCGGGAUUCGUCACCAACCUCGGAGUUGGAACUGGACAGGAAAGCUCCACAAAAAAGCACCCAAAUUGAAGCUCCUGCGGCACUGUGCAUUGAGGAACAGCAAGAACUUGAUCAGGAGCCUGAAAUUUCCCUUAACCAAGAGGGUGCCGUACUUCCUGCGACGAACAACGUGUACGAGAUCGAAACACAAGCCUUGUUCGCGGACGAACUGGAACUACCUGCGGAUGAUGUUGAUCCGUACGAUUUAUCUACACAGCCGCUACCGCGAAAGAAAGCCGCAGUGUUGCCCGCAGUUCUGCGCCCAAAAAGUCAACGGAAAAAGAAAGAAUCCCCGGCCAAGGUUGAUGAGAAAGAUUUGCUAACACAGCCCUUAACUCCACCAAGCUUAUCUUUGGUGCCGCGCGCAACGCGCCGUAACAAGGCUCCGGAAGUUUGUUCUCCGGUUUCGAUAGACCCAUCCGAUCUGCUGACACAACCUCUCAGCCCACCGAGGCGGUACCUUUCCGGGGGGGUGCGUAAGGACAGCCCAGCUAAAACGAAAACGAUCCCGAAAACAACGAGCACCGUCUACGAUUUGCAGACGCAACCGUUGAGCCCGGCGCUAUCGCGGAUGCUAUCGGAUGAUAGAUUUAGCGAUAGAGUUCCUGUAGUUGCCCUGGUUGAUAUUAAACACUAUCGCCGAUCGAACGAAUCGGUGCACGAUCCUUAUCUGGCCGCAACGCAACCUUUGAUAGAAGACGAAGAGGGCAAUGUUUACGAUCUCCAAACACAGCCGUUGCAUACGACGUCGCGAGUAACGGCUGGCUCUGGUAGCGAUCUUGACGAUAGCGGAAACCACACGAUUCCGAUGGCCGGCAAUGAACAGUAUCUGGCGACUAGGGGGGAGUCGUCGAACGUUACACAAUUUUGUCCACAAAUUAAUAGCACCGUCCGCCAGUCGAUGAUUGCUGAUCAGCGGCAAGAACAACAGCUGAAAAUCUCUCCCUCUUCCAAUAAGGAAAACCAAGCGGCAGACACUUUGUCCAGCGAGCCCGAGGACGAGGAUCUUGAGGAUAACUUUUGUUUGGCUGCAACGCUUCCGAUCGCGGAACUCGGGACGGGCGGCCCAACCGGCUCCAAGCCAAGUGGGAAGGUGAACAAACGCUCCACAAAGAAAACGGACGAGCUCACAUUUAAACAGCCGGCUACCAAAACCCCGGCGCCCAAGAAACGAAAGCCGUCUUCGUUUUCUCAGUUCUCGACUCCAGAACACUCGCUGUUCGCUUGUCUUCCAAAGGCAGAUGUGAUCCGUUCGUCGACGAGUGUGAUAAGCGGACUCUGUGGAACUAGUUCGCAUGGUGCGGUCAGUAAACAUCCGUAUCCUUUCGGUGAUGGCAGCAGCAGUGACAGCGAAGAGGACAGCAAUGUGUUCAAAAAAACCAACGUUAGCGAGGCGUUUGAGCGUGAGCUGGAAAAAUCAAAAGAGGAUGCAAAGCGCAGCAAAUUGGCCAAAGAAGCAAAAACGGAUCGCCCAACGAAAUCUAGCCGUUCGAAGCGCACGGAAAAACCGGUUGAGAAAGAGCUCGAGGCGCACGGGGAUGCCAGAGCUGGCACAUCCACGAAAACAAGCACCACCACCAACGCGGAGAGAAAAUCAACCAGGAAAAGGGAAACCACUAGGAAGCUGGAGGAGGCACUAGCGAAACCAACGCGAAAAAGGGGCUCCGAGUCGAGCGAGCCAUCCGCAGCAGUGCACAAUGCACUUCCCAAGCGCAGUCGCCGUGAGGUGCAUCAAAAGAUACCAACGAUAGAGGAAUCGGUUGAGUAUGACCGUCACAGCACUGGUGUUAGUUCCGCUGGCAACGAGAUUGUUCCGCAAUUGCGCACCCGAACGCGAAAGGAGAGUUCUACGGAGCGGCAGGAAAAGCUUUCGACCGAAGCGACUGAGCGGACAACUUCGGCGGCCAUCACCACCACUCGGACCUCUCGGAAGAAGGUAGAUGCUUCAAACGGCGUUACGGGUCGGGAAGUAAAUGGAUCUUCGAUAGUCGGGGCGGCGGGUGGAGUGGAAAGGGAAACGCCGGUUCGGGGGAACCUUAGCUCCACCAGCAGCGUGGCGAGCGAUGGGUCGAAUAUGUCGAUCCGGCCCAGAAACCGGCCAAUGAUCAUGUUCACACGACUGGACCCCAAACCGUACCGAGCGAUUAUAGCCCGUGCUGGUGGUAAAGUAGUGGACAUACCGGAAAUGGCCACGAUCCUCGUGACGGAUCGCAUCAAACGAACGUACAAAUUUCUUUGCGCCGUCGCCAAAGGUAUACCUAUUGUGGGCCAGUCGUAUCUGGACGCCUUGAAAGCGACUGACCGGAAAGACAAACCAGAUCCAUGGGAACACAUUCUGAUCGACGAUGAAGCGGAAAAGCGCUACGCUUUCUGUCUCCGUGAUACACUGUUGAAGGCACACCAGAACCAACUGUUCCGUGACUAUACCGUUUUUGUGACCUCCAACACGCAGCCACCCGCAUCGGAUCUAUUUUUGAUACUAUCGUGUGCCGGAGCCAAGCCGUUAAAAAACCCGCCCAGCAGCAGUUCACCACCGAUUAAUGUGCACAAAAUGUUUGUAAUCUCGAGUCCCGCUGAUGCUGCAUCGUGGGAAAAGUACAGGGAAAAAUAUCCACACAUUGAAAUCAUCUCCACGGAAGGGUUUAUGAUCUCCAUCAUACAUCACGUGGUUUCGUUUGAGAAAUAUCGAUUGCUUUGAAUUACACCGUUAUUCCGUGCACAAAAAUGGACGUGAACCUAGUACAAUGACCCAGAGCGAAGUGACGAAAUGUUGUGCCAUCAGUCAAUUAACAAAACAGGUGCUGCAUUGACAUGUUUUUUACAGAGACUAUCCUUUUCCUUACUCUUGCUUAACUCCAGUGCUUUAUUGUUGCUCUACGAAACUUUCGCGUUUUAUUAACAAUCAACUUUGAAAUUACCUGAGAUUGCUCUUUACCAUGCGCCUUCCGUUUUCGAUGAAACGGCCACUUUUACAUCACAUUUUGCCUCAGUACGACCUUGUGAAUUACAAUUGUUUGUGUUGCAAACGCAUUUGUUUACUUAAAAAAUAAAUUAACCGUUAUUC